AUGUCCGUACUAAGCCACGAUGCCAUUUUGAAAGCUAUAAAUGAUAAAGAAAUCACCAUCACACCCUUCGACGCAAAGAACGUCGGCCCCGCCUCCAUCGACUUGAGUCUGGACAACGAGUUCAGAACUUUCAUCAACAAGUCAGAACCACUUGACAUAAAAGAGUCUACCAACUAUAGAGAAGAGACAGAGGUCCACAAAAUUGCUGAUGACGAAUUCUUUGAGGUUCCACCACAAACAACCUGUCUUGGAAUUACCAAAGAGGUUGUCGGACUCUCCGAUGGUCUCUGCGCAUUGUUAGAAGGAAGAUCCCGUUUCGCUCGCCUUGGGCUCUUCGUCCAUAUCACUGCCUCUUUUAUGAACCCAGGCAUCAACAACAGACAGGUUCUUGAGAUUUAUAACUCCUCAAAUAGAGUGAUUCGUUUAUACCCAGGCCAAAAGGUUUGCCAGAUGGUCUUUAUGCGUAUGGAAGGCAAUGCCCAGUAUAAGGGAAUAUUUGAACACAACUUCCUUUAA